UAUAUAUCUUGGAUUCUCAAUGUUAUGGCGAGUUUUAAUUUUUAGUAAAAGGAAAAGGCAGAGCAACAAAGGGAAGGGAGCGUAGGGUAAAGCAAAAAAGAAAAGAAAAGAAGAGGUCUUUCUCAUUCACAGAUCCCUAUGAAAUGCUGGAAGGAUGCCCAGCAUUUACUUGCUUGAACUCAUUCUUUUUGUUUAGUUUAUAGGAAGUUGCUUUGUUCUCUUUAUCAAUCUUUUCAGAGGGAAGGGAGAGACUAUUGAAUAUAGGUUUAGUUGCAGGAGUUUGGAUUUGUUUUCUAGAUUUUGGUCCGCUCACUUCCUGCAGUUAUAGCUAGACAACAAAAAACCCAGUUUUCAGAGAUUUGAGUGAAGCAGCAAAUCAAGACAAAAAUAGAUAUGCUUGUAUUGAUUAGCUUAUUUGUUUCCCAAUGAUUGAUGAUAAAUUGCCUACAAAUCUCCUCUUAGUGCAAAAGAAAAAAGAACAACAUUCAUGGAGAAGAUCAAGUCCUUUAAUAAUAAUGAUCCUGAAAGAACCAAUAGUAACUGGUUGGGUUUCUCGCUUUCUCCUCACCCCCAAAACCAAACACAGCCUUCCCCUGCUGCUGCAUCUGCUGCUUCUUCUUCAGCUACUAUCCCAACAAGCCUAUCCCAUUCUACUCAACAAGUGAACUAUGGCAUUUACUAUGGAGUUGAAGGAGAAAAUGGCGGGGUAUUUUCUCCUUUACCUGUGAUGCCAAUCAAGUGUGAUGGAUCUCUUUGUUUAAUGGAAGCCAUAACAAGGUCACAGUCACAAGCAAGGGUAACUACUUCAACUCCAAAACUGGAGGACUUCUUUGGUGGAGUUGCAACUAUGGGGACCCAUCCCUAUGAAAGCAAUGAGAGAGAAGCUAUGGCUCUUAGUUUGGACAGCAUUUUUUACCAUCAAAACGCAGACCACAACAACUCCAACAAUGAAAACUGCCUUAACCAUAUCCAAGAAAACUCCAGGCAACAUGAGGACCAGCUUCAACAAUACCCAUAUAAUUAUUCUGCCAUGGAGCUUCCAACAAUGGCAGAUGAUGGGUUAUCUGGAAUGAAGAACUGGAUUUCUUCUAGCCAUGCUAUAGAGCAGAAGGUUUUGGGUUGCAUGGGUUAUAAUGGUGGUGAAUCUUCUGGUAGGUCUUUGAGUGCGAUGUCGGCAUAUGGAGAUUUGCAAUCAUUGAGCUUGUCCAUGAGCCCUGGCUCCCGGUCAAGCUGUGUUACUGCAUCACAACUAAUCUCUCCUAUCGUCACUGACUGUGUAGCCAUGGAAACAAAUAAGAAGAGGCCUAAAAAGGUGGAUCAGAAGCAAAUAAUUCAUAGGAAGUCCUUGAAUACAUUUGGGCAGAGAACCUCUCAAUACAGAGGUGUGACAAGGCACAGAUGGACCGGUAGAUAUGAAGCUCACCUUUGGGACAAUAGUUGCAAAAAAGAAGGACAAAGCAGGAAAGGCAGGCAAGUUUAUCUGGGAGGUUAUGAUAUGGAAGAAAAAGCUGCUAGAGCUUAUGAUCUAGCUGCACUCAAGUAUUGGGGCCCCUCAACCCAUAUCAAUUUCACUUUGGAGAAUUAUCAAAAAGAACUUGUAGACAUGAAGAACAUGACCAGACAGGAAUAUGUUGCCCAUCUAAGAAGGAAAAGCAGUGGCUUCUCAAGAGGAGCUUCAAUGUACAGAGGAGUAACAAGGCAUCAUCAGCAUGGAAGAUGGCAAGCUCGGAUUGGCAGAGUUGCUGGAAACAAGGACCUUUAUCUUGGAACAUUUAGUACUCAAGAAGAAGCAGCUGAGGCUUAUGAUAUAGCAGCAAUAAAAUUCAGAGGAGUAAAUGCAGUUACAAACUUUGACAUUACAAGAUACGAUGUAGAACGAAUCAUGGCUAGCAAUACCCUUCUGGCCGGAGAACUAGCCAGGCGAAGCAAAGAGACAGGCCCUGACAAUGAGGCUCCAAAUAACAAUGGGGAAGGCAUUCCCUUGCAGAAGAACAAUAUUGAAGCUGAUUCAGAUUUGAAAAUGGCUUUCAAAUCGCCAAAUGUUUUCGAUAGUUGCAAGAACCAAUCUCUUUCUUUGGUACCAGAGAAUCACUUGUCGAAUGCUUCUUCAUUGGUGACGAGCUUAAGCAGCUCAAGAGAAGGAAGUCCUGAUAAAUCCAAUAGCUUACCAAUGAUGCUUCCAAUGCCUCCCUCGGCCACCAAGUUGUUUACUACUACUACUAGUACUACAAGUAAUAUCAUGAACUCUUGGACCCAACUGAAGCCUGGACUUUCCUACCCACCAAUUCCAGUUUUUGCUGCCUGGACAGAUGCAUAGACUUCUGGAGCUGUAACCCAAGCUAAAAGAAAAUGAUGGAUGGACUAGAAAAGGAUUGGUUUUAUUUUACUUUCUUUUUUUUUUUUCUUUUUUCAAUGUUAGUAAUGAAAUUGGAGAGGUAGAAAACCGUGGUGUAAGUAGGUUCAAGAAUUUCAAGUCUUGUAGCUGCUUAAGUUGCAUGAAUAUCCGAAGACCAACAUGAUUAAAAAGAAAUCUAAAUGGGCCCAUUGCAUCAUUAUGGUUCAAGUUU